CAAAAUAUGUGGAUCGCGGAUCGGCCUCCGCAGCCAUCUGAGGACCCACAAGUAGAUGACCCGAUGAAGAGGACAGUCAUACUCGCUUCGAGUGACCGAUGAUGAUGAUGAUGAUGAUGAUGAUGACACCUACGCAUCUAGUGAUUAGUGAAAUUUGGUCAAAAUUCAGGCCGUUGAGCAACAUGAAAUUUAUGGGCGAUCUAUCACGUUUUCUUGAUUUCAUCACUUUUAUUUUCAUUUGUAUUUUUCACAGGUUGACUGACAAAGCUUCAAAAAUGCAUCAAAUAAUGAGUAGGCGGGAUUGUCUUCUGCCAUUUUGAAACGCUUGCAGCCAGAAAGGAAUGAAUUUGUUUAAGCAAACUGCUGCUGACGUGGACGGCAGACAGGCAGGGCUCAACUUCCUCUUUUGUCGCGACAACAUGAAACUGCUCACAUUUGUGUUUGUCUUUCUUCUCCUAACGAAUAAAACUCAAGGGUCUGGAGUAAAAAGCAAGUUUGUAAAGCUGGGAACUGAUCUAAAUUUGGACGUGAACAAUACAUUUAAUUUUACAGAGGAGGAGGUCUUCUAUUGGCGCGUCAAUGGAACUACUAACAUUUUAAGAGUAUUUGAAAAUAAAACUAUAUAUUUUUUGCCCUACAAGAAUAGAGUGGAGUUUUCUAAAAACUUCACCUUGAUAUUAAGAAAUGUACACAAUCUGGACGCUGGACUUUACACUGCACUGCUCAGUGGAAGUUCUCAGAAGACGUUGGCCGAAUACCAAGUUCACGUUCAAGCCGCUGUAUCUCCUAUCGAGCUGGAGGUGGUGUCAGUGAGGGCUGACUCGGACUCGUGUAACUUCACGGUGACCUGUAGGACCGACAAAGCUGAACUCAACACCACUUUUGGAUGCCGCUAUAAUAACUGCACGCGGACCCGAGGCGAGGUGAAUGAUGCAAAUUUCAAGGCCUUCGUCUCCAAUUCCUCCGUUAUGUGCGAGCAAAGCAACCACGUUAGCAAGAGCCAGCAGGCAAAGGCGCUUCAACAAGUCUGUCAUCAACACGGCGAAUCCGGCAAAAGCUCAAUGGUCACCUGGAUUGGGAUAUCAGUCGGCUUUGCUGUCCUUGUUGCUGUUCUUAUUGGACUUGCUUUAAGAAAGUCUGUGACUUCUUGUGCAAAUACUAAACGGAGAAAAAGACAGGCCACCCGGCAACAAGAGGUUCCUGGGGACCUCACCCCAGCACAAAAUGUGGAAGCCCAUAACAUCCAUAACGAGAUGAGUCUGAGCCCUAUCUACUCAUUGGUGGAACAUCACACGGAACCGAUCAUGACCACGUAUGCUCGAGUUCAGAAACCUGCAAAACCUCGGGAGAUGCAGAAAGCAGAUUCGGUACUGGUCCCUGGGCACAAUAAUCCCUUGGUGGCAUUGUAACCACACCCACGUUAGGUUUACACAUUUCCGUAUCUACAGAUUUUCAGUUUGCAAAAUGCUUGUUCCGUUUUAAAAUGCAAGCGUGGAUCGCCCUAAUUAUGUUUUCAGUGGGUGACUCUCUUUGAACUGUUGCUUUAUGUUGCUGUGAAAUGCAAGGGACUACUUUUCAACAGUAAUUUUUCCAAUUUUUUACAGCUGUUGUAAAAGCUCAAAAUAAAUCGGAACCAUAAAAGUUUCUGACAGGGAUGCCAUUUUGACCACUUGGUGUCGACCCACCUGGUGGUGACUAAGGGCUCAGAUUGCAACCGCCACGGCUUACCUGAUUUCUGGACUUGCUGGACUAGUGGGGGGCGCAUACAACAUAUUACCAUAAAGAAAAUGGUUUACUCGUCUGCUUUAACUCGGUGGACAGCGACGUCAAUCAUGUCUUCUGUAAUGUUCUGCUAUGUUCUUUAUUACAGCUGCUGUGAAAUUGCUAUCUAAAUAAAGUUGAGUUUGACUGAG